AUGAUGUCAAGAUUUAACAAGAAAGGGUACAACUAUGAUCCCAAGAAGAACAAAUUUCGUACCCGGAGAAACAAGGAAGGUGGCAACAAGAAGUGCUACAAUUGUGGGAAAUAUGAUCAUAUUUCCUAUGAUUGCCCUGAGCCAUCAAGAAUCAACAAGAAGCAUGAAGAUGAGGGCAAUCAAUACAAGCACAAGAAGAAAGACUAUGAGAAAAGUGACCACAAGAAAAAGUCUUUCAAGAAGAGGGAACAAAUCAAGGCCUUACUAGGUGAGUGGAUCACCGAUGGCGAAACCUCAAGUGAUGAUUCAAGCGAUGAUGAUUCCAAGAAGAAGAUCGCGGGGAUUGCCAUCAAUGAUGAUGAACCACCUCUACCUCCACCACCCAUGUGUCUCAUGGCAAGAGGUAACUCCAAGGUGAGCGAUGAUGAACACUCUUCUAGGGAUGAUGAUAGUGACAAUGACUUAUUGCCUAAUGAGUUGAGGUCGAUUCUAGAGGAAUACACUGAUGUUAUCAAGAAGUAUAAGUCAAAAUGCAAGUCUCUUGAGGGUGAACAUAUCAAGCUUAAGGCCUCAUAUGACGAGUUGCUAGUUAGACACAAUGAGCAUUAUGAAGUAGUUUUGCUUAAUAAGUCCCUAGAGUCAUGUAACAAGAAACUUAAGCUUGACUAUGGGAACUUGAACAUGAAGUACCAAGAGCUUGAAUUUGCUUUUGAUGCCAUUGAUGAUGAGCUAGAAAUAGCAUAG